AUGGGUAAGGCGAAGGAGCUCCGCAAGCGCCCCAACGCCAAGAAAGACGCGCAGAAGGCUGUCGGCAAGAUCUUCGGCGACCCGACGGGCAAGAAGACCGAGGCUGAGCUCGAGGAGGAGUUCAACAAGAAAGUGGAGCUCUGGUGCGGCCGCAUCAUCCGAGGGGUCUUCAUGAGCUACUCGCUGUUCGGCGCGUUGGCGUCCGCGGUCGAGUGGGCGACGCGCCCUGACAUGCCCCCUCUCGUGCCCAUCGGCGGCGGCGACGACCUUGCCGGGGUCAACGCCAUCGUCACCGGGGGGUGCGGAGGCAUGGGGCUCGAGCUCACCCGCGGUUUGGCGAUGCGAGGCGCGAACGUGGUGGCGGGUUGCCGAGCGCCCAAGCCCCCUCUUCCCGACGACGCCGACGCCGACUUCGGAUCAUCGUCCGGCGACGAGCUCCUGGACUCCCUGCUGGACCCGACGACGAUCGAGGGCAUACCCGAAGGGUCCGUUCGCGGAUCCGCGGUGCGGCACGAGCUCGACCUCGAAGAUUUCUCCAGCGUUCGCGCGUUCGCCGCCAAGGCUCUCGCCGAGCACGAGGGUAAAGUGGACGUCCUGAUCCACGCCGCCGGGUCCAUGCGCGCGUGCGAGAAUACCACGGACGGGUUCGAGUCCGCGACGCAGGUGAACUACCUGUCGCCCGUGCUGCUCAACCGACUCGUGACGCCGCGAUUGGCGGACAGAGCGGGUUCGUCGUUAAAACCGCUGGGUAACGCCAGGGUCGUCCACGUCACGUGCUCGUCCGCCGCGUCCAUGGGCGGCAAAGGCGCGGACGCGGACGGCGUGCUUCUCGCCAGCGACGGCGUCAAGCCGAGGAAGAAGGGAUGCGAUCCGGGAUCGAGGUACGCGGAUAGCAAGAUUUUGCUCGAGCGGCACGCCCGCGUGUUGGCUCGCAAGUUUGACAAGAAGAACGUGCUCGUCGCCGCCGUGGACCCGGGGGACAUGCUCACGGACUACGUCCUGAAGGCCAACUGGAGACGGGGCGGGAUGCGGUACCAUCCCGCGGCCAUCGUGUCUUGGGCCGUCGGCAAGGCGUCGACGGCCGCGUUUGGGCCGCACGGCUUUGGUUCGUUCACGAAGCGCCAGCCGGAGCGAGGCGCCGCGGCGGUGGCGCACGUCGCCGUCGGGGACGUGUUCAGGAACGUCGCCGGGACGGGCGCGGGCGGUCGGGUCUUCUCGGACAGAGCCGGCGCGUUCACUCGGGCGACGGGUUGCGCUCGCGAGGUUGAGCACGAGUGCGGCGUCGUCCGAGAGCCCGGUCCGAAGCGGUCGGAGGACGCGAGGGUUCACGAGGCGAAGGCGUUGAAGCGGGACGAGACGGACUCGGAGGUUUGGAAGAUGACGUCCAAGGUGCUCGCGCCGUGGAGCGGCGAGCUCGAGUAG